AUGGAGAACGAUUACGUCCUAUGCCAUUGGAGAGGCCGCCGUUGGCCAGCAAAGGUGCUGCCCCGAACGCUACCCACCUCUCCUCAAAGGAAGAGGAAAUGGGCCCAUUUCCUGAAACUACAAAUACUCUCGGUAGGUGACAUGAUCUCAGUGAGGAAAACAGAUGUAGAGAGCCUAAAUGAAUCUCACAUCGAACCCAUCACGGCCAUGCUAGCCAACCAGGCACAAGGCAGCAUCCUCAGAGAAGAGGACCUGGCCUGGCACAGAGCUUUCACCUCUGCCCUGGACAUCCUCAAAGAGAGAGACGCUUCCAAGGCAACCAGGGCACCAGAUGCCCCAGAAGAUGGACAGCACCUAGAGCCCCAGACAACAAAGGGCACCUCAGAACAAGCGGCCCCGCAUUACACCGUCAAGGGAGCAGCAGGCCUGUAUGCAUAUAUACCACCAGGCGUCAGGCUCAGACCGCUGUCUGUCCGUCUGCAGCGCGACCCCGCCCUGGACAGUCUCACAUCACAGGUGCCCCCACCGACCGUGUGUACACCCAGAAGACAACAGACAUUUUCCCCGCAACAGGUUAGACUGUGUGCAAAUGACCCACCUCACUCUGAACGUACUAAGACGGUGUGCAAAAAGAAGAGGGGACUCUUCAGAGUUCUGACCUUGAGACACAAGGUCAUGAAGGCUGCAGAUGAACAGUACCAAGCUGCCAAGAGCAAGAAGGGCACCCCAGACUUCACAGCCUUGUAUCACACAGCAAAGGAGAACCGUUUGGGGGACUCUGCAGAAUUGCCCCCAACUUUCAUCGACACGGUAGCCCCAGCCCUGGUCAGAAACGUGCAGAACUCCCAACCAGCAGCCCAGCCUCUCACCUGGGAGCGUGCUCCAGCUGCAGAGAGUGCCAAGAACCCUGGAGAAGGCACCUCGUCUGGCACCUCAUCUGUGCCAGUUUGGCAAGGUGCCUCCAAAGCAUCCUCCAGCACUGCUCACCCAAGGGUGCCCUCUCUGGCAAGCAGAAGAGGGAAAUGGCAAGCCCCCUCAUCUCAAGCAGCUCCCCAAGAACCAUGUUCUUCCUCUCACUCCCAGGCUACCCACGCCAGCACUGCUGCUGAAGGGGAUGGUGGCCAGGAGGCAGGAGAGCCCACGGGCGUGGCUUUCCAGCAGGACCCUCCCACCAUCCAGAGAGGCUCGCUGGUCUGGAUGAAGUUUCUGCACCACCUGUGCUGGCCCGCAGUGGUGAAGAGCAUGUGCAAAACGGCGAGAGUGCUAUUGAUCGAGGCAUGCAUGCCCACAGAAAGGAGGAGCAUUCAAGUUCCUCAUCGCAGACUGAAGCAUCUGGACUGCAGAGAGAAAGAGACCUUAGUGAUGAGGGCCAGCAAGCAGUACCAGCACGCUGUGAAAUGGUGA